CCUUUUCUCAUGAGACUCUCGCCAGCCAGCAAAACAGUCAGUGGAGCCUCAGCUGAGAGCAGAAAGCAAGCAGCAGCAACAGCCACCAGAGAGAAUCUGUCAGACUCCAAAAGGAGGAGGAGGAGAGAGAGGAGGGAGAACACAGGACUUUGCGUUUCUUGUUUCUCUACUCACUGGCAGUGAAAGCUGCAUUGGAGGCAGGAGGUCCAAAGCGAUGUCAUAAUUGCAAACCCACCAGGCUUGCGUGGGCACCUCCCGCUGUGCAUCUCGACAGGAUGAUGGGCUGCAAGUCCAACUCGCUCACUUGCUUGCAAGGAGGGAAGCCGGCUCUUCCUGUAGUUGCUGCCAACACAGACUCCACGGCCACGCUCAACAAACUGGCCCUGGCCACAGGGGGCACUGAAAAAUCCUGGUACCGCUGCGUCUUCCCCUUUGGCAUCGUCUCCUUGGUCAUUGGCAUUGCUGCCACGUGCAUCACCUUCACCAUCAAUGGGCCGCAGAUGGACAUUGCCAAGGUGGUCUCCGUGGCCACCCUGAUCUUCGGGGUGGGUCUGCUAGUAGGCGCCUUGGUCUGCUGGCGGGCCAAGAGAGAGCGUCAGCGCAAGAAACAGCAAGAGGAGCCUGUCCCCUUGGAACAAGGGGCUCUAUGAUGCAGGCAUCAAGCCAGAGCCCCAGCAGGUAGACCAGUGGCUGGCGAGAACCCUACCUUUUCCUUGUACCCCAUGGCAGAAUGAGGGGGAGCCGGGAAGGGGGCUUUGAGGUCACCCUCCAAUCUUUUUGGAGAGCGAGAGAGAAAGGAGAGUGGAACCUGGCAGUGUGUGGGCAACUUUUGUCCUGUUUUUUAAAAACAUGUUGAGCAAUGCUUUGAACAAUGAUGGGACUCGGCCCGUUCCAGGAAGGAUGGUGAAUAAUGGGAGCCAAGUGGCAGGAAUGGGUGGCUGGCUGCUGUGUGUCAGGCUGUUCCCCCAGAAAAGUCGCCCUCACCUUGGGUUUGCAAGCUUCAUUGCCACACAGAACUGCUUGUUUACAAAGAGCCCCAAGAACAACUCCUUUUAACCACCACCAUCAGCACCAGCACCAGCAGAACUAGAGCAGGGAACGUGACUCUUCCUUCAAGGAUGCUCUCUGCUUGUUUCCAUCACAGCUAUGCAUAUCAUUGACUGACCACAGAAAGAGAUAUCUAUUUUUUUUUUAAUGAUGAAGAUCCUGGAGCAACAUUCCCCAGGGAAACACGAGUGAGUGAUUCUAAAAAGUUCCCAGGCUUCUGCGGGACAAACGAUGGGGUUCUGUUGUUUAUUCUGCAGGCUGAGAAAGAUGACAGACUGGGGUUCCAGUUGGUGACAGCCAGACCUAAACUCUUUUUAUGGGGGGGGGGGAGCCCAAGUUCAAAGGUUACGGUCAGGUUUCUUUUUUUCUUUUUUUUUGAAUGAAUGAACAAAUGUCCUCCCUCCAUCACUCCUUAGAGGAAGUAAAAAGAAAGAAGAAAUAUCCCUGUUCUCUUAUGGGGAAAGCGCACAGUGGCAGUGAAGAGUCAAGACAAGUUACAUGAUCUCAUGAAACAUGGGGCACCUGAAACUGCAGCUGAAUCUUGCAAAGUGGUCCGGCUUCACUGUGAGGCAACUGAUCACUGAGGAGUGCAGCCCAGUUCAUGAAAGAAGAGGUUGACCUCAUCUGCCCUUCAGUGCAAAGUGCUGCAUCCCAAGAAGGAUUCUAGUGCUGGUAGAGAUAGUAAAGGGCUGCGUUAGAGCUUUGCCCACCUGAGUGGAAAUUCACAGUCAUGCGCCACCAACCCAUGGAGUGUGCAUUGUGCCCCGAGUUGGUUGCACAUUGACAGGAUGCUGACACGGCAGUGGUGAGGCUGUCCACCGCAGGCAGGUGUUCCACUAAUUGUCAGAGAAGCAAUGUUGGUGUGGGUCAUCCCAAACGGUGACAUUCCUGAUUUAACUGAUGUAAACCGUAGCACGGGAUAGGCAUAAGAGAGAGUAAAUGUAAAAUGCAUUACAGGUGGCUUCAUAAGGGGAAACAAAACAAAACAAAACAUGAUGCCCUGGUUCCAUCUUCCAAUGUUGCUCCUGGGAAAGUGAUAGGACUGGAAUGAGGAAUGUAUGCAUUCCUUACUUCUCUGUACUUUCCCCCUUAACCCGACCUCCCUGGUACAACUUUUUUCAGCAGGACACUCCCAUAAUCUACAGCUGUGUUGACCAGCAAUCCAAGGAAAGUCUCCUUUUCCCUGUUGCACUCAGUUCUCAGUUGGCCUCUAGCAGUACCCAGGCAGGCUGCUAGCUGUACAGGGAAGGGAACUCCCCCCGCAGCCAGCUGCUCUUUUGGCUUCUCAGCACCUGGAGCUCAUCCACAUAUGCACAUGCAGCUGGAAAGAAGUGAAACCGGACUCUUUGUAAGCCUAGGAGCUGGAAAAAGGCAUCAUCUAGGACAGGCGUGAGGGGGGGAAUGAUGGAACUGGGAACGCUUGUUGUGCACAUCCAUCACGUUUCUUGGCUAACUCUUUCAUGGAGUGCUGCUGGAUCCUUCCUCCCUCCCCAAGGGGGGCUCUGUUAUGCCUGGCCGAGAUGUAACAUAUGUGUAAGUGCAAACUUGACUGUGCCGGAAGGGAAGCAGACAAGAGGCGGCAACCCUUUGGGGCCAUGUCCAGAGUGCAAACUCCUGCCCACCUGAUUGGCACGCUAAAAUAGGGGUGGCCUACAUCUAUUCUCUUGGGGGCUGCUCAAUCCUCCAGACUUCAUUCUGGGCAGGGGAGAGUGCAUAAGGAAUUUUGCUGCAAAAAUACAAACACCUAGCAAGUAGCUCAAUGGCAGAGCCCCUGCUUUGCAUGCAGAAGGUCCCAGGUUCAAUCCCUGGCAUCUCCAAGUAGGACUGGGAGAGACUCCUGCCUGAAACCCUGGAGAGCCGCUGCCAGUCAGUGUAGACAGUGCUGAGCUAGAUGGACCAAUGGUCUGAUUCAGUAAAAGGCAGCUUCCUGUGUGGACGGGCUUCAUAAUAAAGGUAGCACCAUCUGAUCAUAAGGGAUUGGCAUCUAUCUCGUCUGCUCAGGCAUGACACUUAUAUAUAAAUAUAAUAUUAUUACAAUAUUUUUAUCCUUCCCUUUUUCCAAGGGCAGCAUACAUAAUUUCCCUCUUGUAUCCUCCCAAUAGCCCUGCAAGGUAGGCUAGAUGGAGAGAGGGUGAUUGGCUCAAAGUCACCCAUCAGUUACCAGAAAUUUGAAUCUGGGUCUUCCUAGGUGAAGUCCGACACUCUAGCUCCUGCUUCAUCACACACAUGAUGCAUCUUCCACAUCACAUGCAUGUCGCACACAUCUCUUUUUGUCCACGUGUAAGUAAUUUCUAUAUAUCUGGUAUGACUUUUAUUUCUUAGAACUUGAAAACAUUUUGUUUUCACCAUGAAUGAAACUGUGGGCAAUGUUUCGCCAUUCUUUGAUUAGAACUUUGGUGGGGCUCCAAGGGGCCAGGUAAAAUUCCCUCAAGUGUGUACGUGUGUAGAUCUUGCCGCCCUGGACUCCUACUGGGAGAAAGGGCGGGAUAUAAAUCUAACAAAUAAAUAAUAGAUCUGCCCAGAGGCUGCCAGUUGGCCAUCUCUGAUGAAGGAUGUUGUCUCACACAUGAGAGAAGGCAAGCACCUUUCUCUCCAAGAAACCAGACAUGCUGACUGUAUGUGUGGUGCUGAGCCACAUGGGGGCUCAUGCUAGCCAUGUAAAAUGAUGGAGGGGGAAGCAUUUUGCUUGCCUGCAAUGUGGGCACUGGAAGUGCCGGGACAUCAUGUUGGAUCCCCAGAACUGGAGCUCCAAAUGUGUCCUCCUCAGUAAAAGAUGUGAGUGAUAACUUUCUUGGAAAGUGGGGAUGAGGCCAUAGCUCAGUGGAAGAGCACGUGCUUUGCAUGCAGAAACUCCCAAGUUCAUUUUCUUUUUGGUAAAGUCAAGGUUAUUUCCAGACUAAGGAUAGCAGAAUCUGUCCAUUUUGGUCCCCUCAGUUUCUCAUUUUGCCAGUCUUAAAUUCAGUUCCCUGCAUUUCCACAACAAUUCACUGGUGUUGUUUAAAAUCCAGAUGAAAAUUCUUCAGCAUUUUAGUGUGAAUUUCUUCUAAGAAACGUGUUUUUGUAAGCUGCUCUUCUGCAAGCAAUAUGCAUUUUUGUAUAUUAUUUUCAUUAAUAUGUUCAAGCAUGUUUGUAAAUAUUGUUUUGUUGGAGAACUGCAUUGCAAAAUUCCAAAAAGGGCAACUUUUGGAGGAUGGUUGUGUGUCGGUUCUCACGUUGUAUCAGAAAAUGCAAAUUUGAUAGAGUCGGCAUUAAAUGUGAACCAAAUCAAAUUUCUCUCCAAUUUCCCGGCCUACCUGUUUAUUUGAGUGUACAUCCUGACUUUCUUGCACAAAGGAAGUGAGAAGGUUAGACCAUGUAGGCUAAUUAUUGAUUAUUCAUUCUGAUUUGUUUGUGGGGAGGUUAUACAAGGUUGCAUCAAAGCAAGUAUUAUCCCACACUUCCAAGUGUAUUUCCCAGUUAGGAUUUUACUUUCCUUAUCACAAAAAGUGAGGGGGGGUUGCGGGGAGAGCAGUCUUGCUGUGCAAGAGCACCAAAUCAACUUUAGUUGCACAACCUGAAUUUGCCGGUAUGUGAUUGCAUCACACCUCAAAAU